GCCAUGCUUUGUACAGUUGUGCUUCAGUUGUGAAUAUAAAUACCAAGUGAUGGAAAAGAGAGACACCUAAUGGGCAAAAAAAAAAGAAAAUGAUAAUCUGAUAAACAGUACGCACAGGGGAAAGCAGAAUCGAACAUCAGAUAAAAUUCUGCGUAUCUGAUUGGUUCCAAAGGCCUGUAUAAUCUGUUAUUAAAAUUACUCUUACAUUUUCAAUACGUUGAUUGUCUCUUUCUUCAAACUUUUUCGAAUCAAUUUAUUACGAACAAAUUAGUACGAAAGGCAGGCUUUCGAUAAAUGCCUCAAUUCUCACAACAAAAUCCAAAUGGCACCUAUCGACCCUACUUGAGAACCGACUCUAAUUUUUGGAUGUGCGGAAUGGCCUAUGCCUUUUUCUGGUGGAUUUGCUUUAUUGUUUAUUGUCUUUACUAUCAAUUGAACCGGAUCCGCAUUUAUUAUAUACGUAAACGAAGAUUAAAGGGAGAGAAUGUCGUAGUCGCUGAUUUACCAGGCGCCAAAUUUCUACACUCAUUUGACUUUGUUGUUCGUAUUCCCUUUGUUACAGAAAUGAUACCAGUUAAAGACAUCCUUGGCGUUUUAAUAUUUUGCGUGAUCGAUAUUUUCUUCCUCUUGUUCGUCGCACCGUAUGAUACAAACCCAAACCAAAAAGUGAUAGCAUUCGUGUCGAUGCCCGUUUCUAUCUUAGAUCGGCGGUCUGCGUUUUUAGGGUUGGUGAACUGGAGUUUCGUCUUCUUCCUGGCGCAGAGAAAUUCUUGCUUGCCGAAAUUAUCAGGGCUUACAUUCGAGGAAUUGAUUCCAUUCCAUCGCAUUUUUGCUCGUGUGGGCUACGCCAAUUUUCUUCCGCAUUUUAUCUAUAGAAUAUAUGAUGGAUUUAUUCGAGAACAGUCUUACUGGGGGAUGUUUUUUAAAGAUGAAACCUAUACAGCAGGAUCCAUUGCUAUGUUCUCUUAUAUCAUUAUUUUUAUCACUUCUUUAGAAUUCAUCAGACGCAACCAUUUUGAGCUGUUCUAUUGGAGUCAUAUCAUUUUUUUGAUAUCUGCUAUCAUGUCUACUAUAUUACAUUACCCAACAUGUGCAGCGUUUUAUACACCGCCCACCUUAUUAUGGAUUGCUGACCGAGCUAUUAGAAGUUAUAAAUCAUGGUACACCCAAUGCUCAUCUAUUCAAAUCGAACAAGUAGCAAAACAAACAGAGUUGCAAGAUGGUAUUAUUCGGGUCCUUUUCGAAAAUAAUAACAUGCUUCAACACUUUAAACCUGGGAACUACGUUUUUGCAGCUUUUGUGUUGAAUGAUCAUAAAUUAUGGGAGUAUGCCAAUUGGCAUCCGUUUACAAUUUCUGAAAUCUUCAGAGUCACUGAUAGUACAACAAUUGCCAACUAUGCAGCUGACGAGGAAGUGAAGACGAUUGCGGGGCGAGCCUCCAGUAAUUCAAGUUUUGAAGAGGGUAUGGCUGUUAUCAAUGAUACUACGCCUUUGCUUGCGAAUGGCUCUACUGUCAGUUUUAGUAGCAUGGAUGACGACAGCGAAAGUAUAGCAUCAAAUAUAUAUGACUCUGCCAAUAUUAAUAGCAGUGGCAGCAGUUUGAAUCCUGCCGACGUAGCCUACCUACGGCAUCGAAGUGGCAGCAGGGCGCAUAUGAAUAAUAUACAAAAAAGCUAUCGACAGAAUAGAGCAGUUGCCACCUUCCAUAUCAAAGCAUUAGGUACAAAAACAAAAGACUUAUUGCGAGCGGCAGCAGUAGGCAAAGAUGGAACUCAACUAAGCGGUAACAUGAAGGUGUAUAUUGAUGGCCUUUAUGGGCCCAAGCUUCAAUAUCAAGAUUACCCUACACUGGCAUUAUUUGCCACUGGCAUUGGCAUUACACCAGCCAUGGCUAUUGUCAAAGAUGUGAUUGACAAACGUUCUAUGGGUGUUCGAACUUACACCACCGAUACCUUAUACAUUACUUGGGCUGUUCGUGUUAUAGACGAGAUCAAACCGUUUUUGGAUAUGUUUAGUUACUGGUCAGAAAAAGCAAAGCAAUCAAUCUUGCCUAUUCAGUUAAGCAUGACUAUUUAUGUUUCUGGAAUGAUGGCUGGCUCAUCAUCUCUGGAAAGUAUGGAUGGUUUCAAACUCAUUUAUGGUCAAAGACCACGGCCGGGUAUAAAUUUAGAAAAGAUAAAAAAUGCAAGCAUGGAUGAUCGCGUUUGGGUACAUGUUUGUGGAUCUACUAGUUUUACAAAAGCGGUGGUCAAUGAAGCUGUCCGACAUCGUUUUCAUUUCCAUAAAGAGACCUUUGAAUUCUGAUUCAGUAACUUAUUUUGUUAUAUUAUUUCGUUUUACUUAAACUUAUUCUGAAUGGAUUUUUAGCAA